GCCGACGCUGGACACUUGGUGCACGUUUUCGACGUGUUCGACGUUUACGGGUACACGAGAAGACCGUUCGACAAAAAAGUAGAUUGGGACGUCAUAUGGGCUCACGAGUAUCCGUUCAAAACGUACGCCGACAAGAUUACGUUUUCCGAUUUGAAACCUCACCAAAAAGUCAACCAUUUUCCUGGCGUAGGUUUUAUAACCAACAAAAUUGAUUUGGCGAUAUCGGACAUAAAAUAUGUACCUCCAGCUUUUCAAAUGCCGCAAGAAAAAUCAAAAUUUUUCACAUUUGUCAAAAAAAAUCCUCAUAAAUUGUUCGUUCAAAAGCAAAACAACCACCGCGGCAUAAAAAUUAAAUCAAUCGGAGGAUUGGACUUCAAUUCAUCUGGGACAUUUAUUCAGGAGUAUAUUGAUAAUCCCCUGUUGAUUGAUGGAUAUAAAUUUGAUAUCGGAGUGUAUACAAUCAUUACGUCCAUAGAUCCUCUUAGGGUUUACAUGUACAACGGGGAUAUUUUAUUCAGAUUUUGCCCAGAAAAAUAUCAUCCAUUUAAUCCCGACAAUAUAGACAAAUACGUAAUAGGAGAUGACUAUUUACCAACGUGGGAAGUUCCGUCUCUAAAAAAAUACUACGUCGACCAAGGCGCUUCUAUGAAAGCUUCUGUUGAAUCUCAUUUGAAAGCUCAAGGAAGAGAUGCCACAAAAAUAUGGGACCAACUGGAAGAUGCCAUACGAGUUGUAUGUUUAGAAAAAGAAUCAAAGAUAAGAAAUCUAAUGAGAAAUUACAAGUCGAAAACUAAUUUUUUUGAAAUGGCACGUUUUGAUUUUGUUGUUGAUAAUGAUCUAAAAGUGUAUAUAAUGGAGGUCAACAUGUCGCCAAAUUUGUCAUCGGCUCAUUACCGACCAAAUCGUUUGCUUUACGAACAAGUGUUAUUCAAUCUAUUUGCUAUUGUUGGCUUGACUUAUUUUGAACGUAGAGAAGACAGUAUUAAUAUGGCAGUGUCCACGAAAAAUAUCGUGGCGUAUCCGGAAACGUGCGCUAAAAUGAAUUGUAAUUCGUGCAAUUCGGAAGACUGUCUGCUAUGCAGUCCUUGCAUGGACAGUUACACGAAAGUUCAACUGACAAACGCUUAUCGGGAACAUAUUGAUAGGCACGACUGCAAAAGAGUAUUUCCGCCGAAAUUUGACCCGAACUUUUUGAACAAUUCUGUAGACCUUAGCGGUUAUAGUUUGAAUACGCGUUUGAUGUAUAAAUGGUUUAAAGGAAAAUGCAUCGCAGAUAGAGAAUGGUGUUAAUAAUUAAAAAAAAAGUGUUUCCUAAGAAACCACGUCAAGAGACCAGUCAGUUAUACUUUUAAUCAAAAAAAAAGCCAUAUUUAUUUUUAUAUAUUACUAUGUUUUUUUUUUUAUUGUUUUUUAUAUUAUUAUGUAAUAUUUUAAUUUAAAUUUACAAAAAGCUAAUUUAUUUACGUGACCUAGUUGGUUUUACCAAGUAAAAUUGAAUUAUUAAAUUCAGUCUGUAUCGUCAUAAAAUAUUUAAUAUUCGCGAUCAUGGAAUUUCUAAUAGUUUAAUGUUACAUAUAAAUUUUAAAACUAUAAUAUUACAGUAUAAAGGUAGAGGUAGACCUAAGCUAAAAUAGUUUUAGGAAUUUGUAAUCCUCUACAACAAUAAAAUAUAUCAUUCGCGCUCUA